UUAUCAUUAACACUUUAAAAAUUAUAACUGUGACGUUAUGAUAUGUUACAGCUUAAAUGUUUUGUAAUAGUGAAUAUAUGUCAAAACUCAAAGAAGAAGACGACCACUAAUUCGCAUGCGCCAAGCAGUGAAAUUGAACAGGCUGAUGGGUACAGGAAGUCCACAAAAAAACAAAAAAAAAACGGCGAUGGACGGAGUGAUGUCCACGUCUUCGGGUCUGUCUUACCACAAUGUCGGGGAGUUUUACCCCAGAAAGUUCGGUCCGAAGCCGGACGUGGUUCCGUCCGGGGUGACCGAGAGGAAAGUGGGGCCGCUGGAUAAACCUGACAUGGUGUCGGUGGAUGUCAUUAACAUCAGUGAUUCAGAUGGCCACAUGCACAGGAAGAAGCACGAGCAUGACACGUACGUCCUGGGCACGAUUCAUCCAUUCAGGAAGACACAAAGAUCCGUCUUUGGAAAACUCCUGCAGGAAUUCAGACUGGUCUCCUCAGACAGACGGUCGUGGAGGAUCCUGCUGUUCGGGGCUUUCAACCUGCUGUGUACCGGCUGUCUGCUGAUGUGGUGCAGCUCCACCAACAGCAUGGCCUUGACUGCCUACACAUACCUCACCAUCUUCGACCUCUUUAGCUUGAUCACCUGUCUUAUCAGUUCCUGGGUGACCAUGAAGAAGCCCAGUCAGGUCCACUCAUUUGGGUUUGAGCGACUGGAGGUUUUGGCGGUUUUCGCCUCCACUGUUCUGGUCCAGCUGGGAGCCUUGUUCAUCCUGAAGGAGAGUGUGGAGCGCUUCAUGGAGCAGCCUGAGGUCCACACAGGUCGUCUGUUGGUCGGGACGUUCGUCGCUCUCUUCUUCAACCUGUUGACUCUGCUGUCGGUCAGGAACAAACCGUUCGCCUACGUCUCAGAAGCGGCCAGCAGCAGUUGGCUUCAGGAACACGUGGCAGAUCUGAGUCGAAGUUUGUGUGGCAUCGUUCCAGGCCUCAGCUCUGUGCUGCUGCCGCGUAUGAACCCGUUCGUCCUGAUCAACAUGGCGGGAGCUCUUUCCCUCUGCAUCACCUACAUGCUCAUAGAAAUCAAUAACUACAACGCAGUGGACACGGCGUCGGCGGUCGCCAUCGCCCUGAUGACCUUUGCCACCAUGUAUCCCAUGAGCGUCUACAGCGGCAAAGUGCUGCUGCAGACGACGCCGUCCCACGUCAUUGGACAGCUGGAUAAGCUGCUCAGAGAGGUGUCGACUCUGGACGGCGUGCUGGAGGUUCGCAACGAGCACUUCUGGACCGUUGGCUUUGGUUCUCUGGCUGGCUCCGCCCACGUUCGUAUCCGCCGCGAUGCCAACGAGCAGCUGGUCCUGGCUCACGUCACCAACCGUCUGCUGCCGCUCGUGUCCACGCUGACGGUCCAGAUCUUUAAAGAUGACUGGACCAGACCGCUCCUCAGCGGGACCCUGUCCUCCUCCGUCUCUCCUCCUCCUCUGGGUCCUGCUGAAGGCUACGCCGCCCUCUCCGCCUCCUCCUCUCUGCCUCCUCUGCUGUUGUCCUCAGGAGGAGAACUGGACCCUCUGACCUCCACUCCCUCCAAACCCAGCAGCCCUCCUCCAGAGUUUGCCUUUGACACACCGGGGAGGAACGUGCAGCCGGUGGUCCUACCCGCCCCGGGACACCACACCCAGCGGCCCUACGGAGGCCUGGGACUCGCCUAUGGUGCGUCUCCCUACGCGGGGAUGCUGAACCAGGGCCUGACGCGGCCUGGCAGCGGGCUGGGACUCGGUGUGCAGGGUUUGGGGUCGGGGUACGGACUGGGCAUGAGCGGAGGACCUUCCUCUCAGAGCUACAGGACUGCCUUUGGAGAGUCGACGGCGCCACUGCGGUUUGGAACCAGCAACCCUCUGGCUUCACAGACGCAGUACAGACCGUACCGGCCGUGACCCUCAGAACUGCUUCUGGACCUUCCAAAUACUUUGAUGAUGAAGGUCCGCACCUCAGUCCAGAUUUCUGAGGAGAUUUAUUUCCUGUCCAGGCUGACGCUGGGAUGAGAACUUCAGAGGAGGCAGCUGAUUUGUUGAAGUUUUACUGUAAAAGCUUGUUGCCUCCUCUGACUUUGCAGAAGAUGCUGAGUGUGUUAUUUAUUUAGUUGGAAGGGGACCAAGAGGUUGGCUGUGGUUGGGUUUGGUACGUUUGAGAAACCUCAGCGAAAGCGGAACAGGACGUCCACACUUUGUUAGAGACACGGCGGCAACAUUCCUGAUGAGAGGAAAUAAACUAAUCAACUUCUGUUUGAGCGUCACAGUCGAAGGUUCAAGCAUUAGAAUCCAAAGUGAUUCACAUUAAAAGCUCGAUCACAAGUCGUCAGCAGGUCGGAGGCGACGACACGCCGACAACAAGUGAAACCCUCGAACUGAACUUCUCAUCAGACCAAACUGAGGGAGAAGAUUUAGAAAGCGGGAAUACAUUUAUCAUCGUUUUAAACAUUCUAGUUUAAUCCUUCUGUAAUCAAGUGAUUCAUAUGUCACAACUUUUAUUAUUUUCAGUCUUUUGUUGGGUGUCUCCCCCUCUGUUCUAAUUUCUUUUCUAAAACCUUGAGUUUCCACUUGAUUGACAUUUAAUUUUGGGAUGCAAACUCCAUUUAGAGUGAAACUUGAAUAAAACACGACCGCCGGAACAGAACCUUGUUAGAAAACUGAAAACAGCCAAGUUAAAGCUCUUUAAGGGCUGGAACUGACAGUUUGUGUUAUUUAAAAAGUUAAACAGUUUAUUGAAUGUCAAACUUGUUGCAGGUGAGUUUUGUCAAGCGACAGGUUGACGACUCGCAGCAACUCGAGUUGUUUUCAGCAACAGUGAGAUGAUGAAACGGUUCUGACUUUCCUGGCAGGACCACCUCAUGUCCUCUGCUGGGAGUCAGCGUUGGUUGGUGGGUUUUCUUUCUUUUUAUUCAUAUUUUUAUCCUGAAGGCGGGCUGAGUGUCACCAAAAGGUUACUCGUUGUUAUUGAUCCCUUACAGCUUUCAGAGCGGCCUUCAGCAGAUGAAGGCGUUAAACACUCAGCCCUGAUCUUCCAUGUAUGUUUAAUUCAGAUCUGACUGGGACUCUGUGAUUAAAAGCAGGUCAUGAAACUUGA